CAAUCUAAACCUAAAUGAAUGGGAUGACACGGCAUUCUGGGCAAUAGCAACGACAGCAUUCUACGGUUUGGCACGAUUAGGUGGACUCCUUCCAACAACACAGCAUGAUCAAAACAAGACUGACCUCAAAAAUCAACCUCCCGGACCUAUUAUUCGUCAGGGCCGAUGGAUCAUGGGUAACGAAACGCUAUUUCAUCAACAAGCUCAAACAAGCCUUACCAUCAGAGGAUGUUGCUGGCCACAGUUUCAGGGCCGGUGGAACAACAGAACUGGUCAUGCGGGGAGUCCAACUCGUAUUGGUACAAAAAAUAGGCAGAUGGAACUCAGACACUUUCUACAG